AUGCCUUCAUUGAUGUAUUUGUUAAAUCUAGUAUGGACAACAACAGCAAGUAUGACUUAUGCACGAGAUUAUCACACAGCGUCUGUCUUAGCGAAUGGAACAGUGUUAGUUGUAGGUGGAUACAACAUUAAUAGUACUUCUCUAAGCAGCGCUGAAUUAUAUAGCCCCUCAACAAAUACUUGGAUAACAAUAGCAAAUAUGACUUAUGCACGAGCUUUUCACACAGCAUCUGUCUUGGCGAAUGGAAACGUGUUAGUUGUAGGUGGAUACAACAUUAAUAGGAGCUCUUUAAGCAGCGCUGAACUAUAUAAUCCAUCGACAAAUACUUGGACAACAACAGCAAGUAUGACUUAUGCACGAGCUUAUCACACAGCAUCUGUCUUAGCGAAUGGAACAGUGUUAGUUGUAGGUGGAUACAACACUAGUACUUCUUUAAGCAGCGCUGAACUAUAUAAUCCAUCAACAGGUACUUGGACAACAGCAGCAAGUAUGACUUACGCGCGACGAAUUCACACAGCAUCCGUCUUCGCAGAUGGAACAGUGUUCGUUGUAGGUGGAUUCAGCACUAGUAGUAUUGUAAGCAGCGCUGAACUAUAUAAUCCAUCAACAAACACUUGGACAACAAAAGCAAGUAUGACUUAUCCACGACGAAGUCAGACAGCGGCUGUCUUGGUGAAUGGAAACGUGUUAGUUGUAGGUGGAUUCAACAUGAAUAGUAGUUCUUUAAGCAGCGCUGAACUAUAUAAUCCAUCGACAAAUACUUGGAUAACAAUAGCAAUGUUAGUUGUAGGUGGAUACAGCAACGGUAAUGUUGUAGGCAGUGUUGAAUUAUAUGAUCCAUCAACUAAUACUUGGACAACAACAGCAAGUAUGGCUUAUCCACGAGACUAUCACACAGCAUCUGUCUUAACAAAUGGCACCAUAUUAGUUAUAGGUGGAUACAAUAUUGGGCCCUUGAACAGUGCUGAGUUAUAUUAA